AUGGCUCUGAAGGACACCACCAUCCUCCCGAUCAGCGACAUGUCCUAUCCGUUCCCCGAGGUGGUGGAGCUGAACGUGGGCGGCCAGGUCUAUGUCACCAAGCACUCCACUCUCACCAGCGUUCCGGACAGCACUUUGCACAGCAUGUUCUCCAGGAACAACGUGAAGGAGCUGCCCAGGGACAACCGAGCCCGCUUCUUCAUCGACAGGGACGGCUUCCUCUUCAGGUACGUCCUGGACUUCCUCCGGGACAGACAGCUGUCCCUGCCCGACCACUUCCCGGAGAAGGAGCGGCUGCUCCGAGAGGCUGAGUACUUCCAGCUGCAGGACCUGGUCAAGCUGCUGACCCCCAAAGUCACCAAGCAGAGCUCCCUGAACGACGAGGGCUGCCAGAGCGACCUGGAGGAGACGUCCCAGAGCAGUGAUCUGAUGAGGACUGCAGCUGUGGAUAAAAAGUCUGGCUUCAUCACCAUAGGCUACAGGGGCUCGUACACCAUGGUCAGGGACAACCAGGCGGACGCCAAGUUCCGGAGGGUGGCCAGGAUCAUGGUGUGCGGGAGGAUAGCCCUGGCCAAGGAAGUGUUCGGCGAAACUUUGAACGAGAGUCGAGACCCCGAUCGCCCCCCUGAAAAGUACACGUCCAGGUUCUACCUGAAGUUCACCUACCUGGAGCAAGCCUUCGACAGGCUGUCCGAAGCUGGAUUCCACAUGGUCGCCUGCAACUCCACUGGGACGGCGGCCUUCGUCAAUCAAUACAGGGACGACAAGAUCUGGAGCAGCUACACCGAGUACAUCUUUUAC